CUUUAGUCUAGUCACAGCUGCACCUGUGAGUGAACCUGUAUUCCUCAUCGAAACCUGGUCCUCGAUUGAAAACAACAAAGCAUCCCUGCAUCUUGAUAGAUCAGCAUCAUCUUUCAAAGAAUCCUUGUGCGCGAAUCAUGACUACAUAGUCAAGAGGAUAUCGUUAACAAGAUUUUUCAGUUUUUAAAGCUCCAUUUUUCACUUAUGACAAAAAUUUCUAAAUAAAGUUGUAACAUAAAAUUUUUUGGAAUUUUUUGAAGGAAACGUGAUAACUUAAAUAUUCAAAUGAGAAUCACCAACAGGAAACACAGUUGAAAUAAGAAAUUUGAAAAUGAAAGUAAAACGAGGUGUAAUUGAUGUUACAAAAUUUACAAGAGACUCAAUAAAACUUUAUCAAAACGAAGAAGCUUCUCGAGGAAUUGUCUUGUGUGUGACAUAGAGAGUGGUUCCUGGAGUACGUGCACGUGUCCAGCGUGGACAUUCUGUCGCGUGUCUCGGCGAAGUUGUCACUGAGCUUGUCACGUGUCGACACGUGACUCUAUGUGAUCGGCGUACUGUAAAAAGGCGAGGAUCUCGAGAGGGCAGCUAAGGUCUUAACACCUCGAUGACGCUAUGAGGAUCCAGUCGAUGAUUGAAAAUGACAGGAGUAGCGGUCAUCGAACACGAUCGAAUCGAUCGGAUGAUCGGCACGUCGAAGUCGUGGAGUCUUCUCCACGUAACAUCAGGAUGAUCCAUCGAUUCGCACAAAGUGAUAACUAACGGGACUUUCCGAUCUCGAAUCUCCGUGUCAUUGGCACCAAUCAACGAUACUUUGAUUCAGGGGACCUGAAGAGGCGGCAUUCGUGGAGCAGCGAGGUCGACUUUCAGCCAGCGGAAACGGAAGCUGAAAGUACGUCAGCACCGAAUUCUCCUCCAUUUCCAACCCAAGAAGAGGAUCGUAUUUCCUACAAGGAGAAUGGCAGUGCGGUGCAGGCGGUGGACCUGGUGGCGGAUUGUCCGCUGCUUAUGCUGACACCACCUUCCUCGCCUACCUCAUCCAUAAGAAGGACGCCGACGCCCACGACGUUCUUGACAUCUCUCGGCCCUGCGAAGAGCAUGGGUCAACGGCCCAGUACCCUUCUGCGUCCCAAGAUCUCUUUGACCUGGGUCCUGAGAGGUCAACAGCAUUCUGGUACCAAUGUUAGCUCAAGCACGAGUUCAAACGUUAACACAGAUAGGGAAGUGUUGUCCAGAGAGGGUAAGGAUAGGUCAUCGAAGAGAAGUGUGAAGAGUGUGAAAAACGUUAAAGAAAAGGAAAAAGGAAAGGAAAACAUUGACAGAUUCGUCAAACAGGACAGGCAGCUUCAGAAGGUUGAAAAGAUCGACCGAAUUGAGAAGCCCAUUGACAAAGAAAGGUUAACCGAGAAGUCGAACUGUCUUGUCGAAAAGACUUCGGAUAAAGAAUUCCCAAAGGACGUCAAUAAGGACAAAGAGAAAGUGAAGAGAGCUAUUUCAGAACCGACUCUUGUUUCUCGUGAUUCCACUUCGACACCAAAUGGGAGAGAAAAACAUAGACACAGGCGUCCCAAACGACCUCAUAAAUCUAGACCACCUAGUAGAUUUGGAUACGAGAUUGCUGAUCUGGAUGCAUUUUUAACUAAGGCUUCAAUAGAGAGACCAGCUAAUAUACCGGUUGUAUUAUCCUUCCCAUCUGUGCUGUAUCAAACUCAAGGAGGAAUUCAGGACGAAGUUGCUCUUCCUCUGGGAACUGUGGUAAACGCAGUCUUUAAAAACCAAGCUUGGCUCUAUGUACAAACUCCUCAUGGUCAAGAAGGUUACGUCAGUUACGCAGCUUGUCUACCCUUAGGCAUUUUACCACAGCCUACACGCGGUCCUUGCUGGGAGAAUUCGACUGACGUAUUUCCAAGACCACUUGGUAAUAUGACGGAUACCGAGAAGCUUAGAGAUACAAGGUCGGAGUGCGGAGCACGUGGAAGAAAUACAAGGGUACGUCGCGGUCCUAGAGACGCGGUUUCUGCAUGUGGCGAACGCAGUGUGGACCGACUUUAUUUGAGAGCAGCUGCUAAUGCCAAGACGAAAGGAUCACGAUAUACUCUUCUUGUAAUUAGAAGCGAUUAUGACGGGGGCCGUGGUGGAAAUGCUAUAAGUGUCUCCAAAGGUGACGUUGUUGCGUUACUAAGUGAUCAUGCUAACGAAUGGUUUUGGGUGCGUUCUAGAGACGGUAGAGAGGGUUUUAUUCCUGCUGUUAUUGCUGGUCAUGGUUUCUUGUAACUUCACAUGGGGUGCUUUCCAAUUACACGACUUGUAUCGACAUAUGUCGAUAAACGUCUACACACAAUGUUUCAGGUCAAUUGGAACAGCGCGUGUAGUAAAAUGGUUAAAGACCUAGGGACUUUAGUACCUAACAAAAUACAGAAAAUACUUUUUUACAACAACUUGCAUAAAAUAAUUAUUCACCUCUUCAACCAUUAUUAAAGAUAUUUGCUUAUUGCAUUUCGACAAAUUCGACACAAGAUUUGAAUUUCCUACUCUUGGUUUAGUUCAUUCGGUUACUUUACACCGUGAACGUAACGCAAUUAAAAUCCAGGGAUAAACACUAUAUCAGUGUACGCGUUUGUC